AUGCCUGAUAUCCGGUCCUUCUUCACCCCCAAGGGUGGUGCAGCUCCCAAGCCCGCACCGACCAAGAGUGAAGAUGCUCCCAAAUCAAAGCGAACGAAAAAUCGAAAGGUUGUCGAGGACAGCGAUGAGGAUGAAGUUGUGGAAACCAAACCAGCCGUAAAGGCUGCUCCCAGGAAAAAGAAGACUGAUCCGGAACCGCAAGGAGUCGUUAUUUCCGCAGACGACUACUUUGCUUCAUCCAAGAAGAGGGCGAAUUCCAAGCAAUCAACACCAAAGAGGGGAAGCUCAAAAACGCCAGUUAAGGAGGAGAUCCCUGUCAGAGCAAGUCCACGACAUAAAAAGCCAGAUGCAGCCGUACAAAAUGGGUCACCAGCGAAGAAGAAGCCCACGACAUCCUACAAGAAGCAUCAUGUUGACGAUGAUGACGAUGCAUACAUAGAUGAUGGAGAUAACGAUGGAGACGAUAUUUAUGCCGCCGAUGUCAAAGGUCAAAACAAACGUAAGAACGAUGACUAUGCUGAAGAAGAGUCCGAAGAAGAGGUACUACCGAAACCGAAACGUGUUGCCAGUCGUGGACAGGCCGCAACGGCGAAGGACAAAAAAACCAACAGUCGAGCUACGCCAGCGGCUAGCAGGAAGCGCAAAUCUCCGGAACAGGAAUCGGAAGAGGAAGAGGAGGAGUUGCCUCGAAAGAAACCAACCGCGACGAAACCACGUGCUCCUCGAGUCAAGAAGGCAGAUGAGCCUGAAGACUCAGAGAUCCAAAAUAUCCUUGAUAGUGUAGCCACUGUGAGACCGCCAACACCACCCCCAAAGGAUCCUGACGCCAAGUUUGACUGGAGGAAAGCUGCUGCUGGAGGAGGCAAUGCUUCAAUACAACCCGUGGCGUCAGCCGACCUACCAGAAGGUGAGGAAGAGUGCCUCUCUGGUUUGUCAUUUGUCUUCACUGGUGUCUUGCAAACGAUCGGGCGGGAUGAAGCCCAAGCACUUGUCAAGCGCUAUGGCGGUAAAGUGACAGGUCAGCCAAGCGGCAAGACGAGUUUUGUUGUUCUUGGUGAUGAUGCCGGGCCCAGCAAGCUGGCAAAGAUCAAGUCUCAUGGUAUCAAGACCAUUGACGAGAACGGUCUGUUUGACCUUAUUCGCAAAUUGCCUGCCUAUGGUGGCUCUGGCAAGGGGGCACAGAAAGCGCAGGAGAAGAAAAAGGCGGAAGAGGAGAAAGUGAAGCAGCAAAUUGCGGAAAUGGAAGCAGAGGAAAAGAAACGAAAAUCAGAAGCUGUCAAGGCAGCUCAAGAAGCAGCCAGCGCCCGCGGUGCUGCUGGCCCUCCUCCUCAGCCUGCGCCAGCCCAAGCCGCCCAGCUUCUCACAUCCAAGUAUGCCCCUACGCAACUGAGCCAUAUUUGCGGCAACAAGGCUCAGGUGGAAAAGAUUCAAACUUGGCUUCGAAAUUGGCCCAAGGCUAAAAAGUACAACUUUCAGCGACGCGGCGCAGACGGUCUAGGCGGAGAGCGGGCCAUAAUCAUCUCUGGUCCGCCAGGCAUUGGCAAAACGACUGCUGCUCAUCUUGCCGCCAAGCUGGAAGGCUAUGAUGUCUUGGAGAGCAAUGCAAGUGAUGUAAGGAGCAAGAAGCUGGUCGAAAACGGCGUGAGCGAUGUUAUGAAUAACACCUCCUUGCUGGGAUACUUUGCUGGCGAUGGCAAAUCCGUUGAUGCGGCCAAGAAAAAGAUCGUGCUUGUCAUGGACGAAGUGGACGGCAUGUCCGCCGGUGACCGAGGUGGUGUUGGAGCUCUUGCCAAGUUUUGCAAGAAGACGGAGGUCCCGUUGAUCCUCAUCUGUAACGAACGUCGGCUCCCGAAGAUGAAGCCCUUUGACCACGUUGCUUUUGAUAUCAGAUUCAACAGACCGACAGUUGACCAAGUGCGAUCGAGAAUCAUGACCAUCUGCCACCGCGAGGGCCUCAAGCUCCCUCCACCGGUGGUUGAUGCCUUGAUCGAAGGCAGCAACAAGGAUAUUCGACAAAUCAUUAACAUGAUUUCCACCGCCAAACUCGACCAGACGACCAUGAAUUUUGACGAGGGCAAGGCCAUGACAAAGGCGUGGGAGAAGCAUGUGAUCCUAAAGCCCUGGGAUAUUUGCCAAAAGAUGCUCGGAAGCGGUCUCUUCGCCCCCGCGAGCAAGGCAACCCUAAAUGACAAGAUUGAACUGUACUUUAACGAUCACGAGUUCAGCUUCCUCAUGAUCCAAGAGAACUAUCUACGAACCAAGCCAAUGGCACUAAAUGGGAAAGGAUACAAUAAGCGGGAGGAACAGUUGAAAGCUCUGGAGCUGUUUGAUCAGGCAGCUGAGAGUAUCAGCGACGGUGACCUCGUUGAUCGCAUGAUUCACGGCCCUCAGCAACACUGGAGUCUGAUGCCUACUCAUGCGGUAUUCAGCACCGUCCGACCGGCAAGCUUCAUUUCUGGACAGCUGUUGGGAUCCAACUUUACGUCCUGGCUAGGCAACUUUAGCAAGCAGGGCAAAUUGGGCAGAUAUGCCCGCGAGAUUCACUCGCACAUGCGUCUCAAGUCCUCGGGCGACCACAACGAGGUCCGACAGCAGUAUCUGCCUGUGCUCUGGAAACAGCUUGUGAACCGCUUGGAAAAUGAAGGAACGAAUGCGGUGCCCGAGGUCAUUGAUCUCAUGGACAGCUACUUCCUCACCAGAGAAGACUUUGAUGCCAUUCAGGAGCUUGGAGUUGGACCAAUGACAGAAGAGAAGGUUUCUAUUGAAUCGAAGACAAAGGCUGCCUUCACGAGAACAUACAAUUCAAUGAACCACCCUGUCCCGUUUAUGAAAGCGAGCAAUGUUAUUGCACCCAAGAAGCAGACAAAGGAAGUGCCCGACUUGGAAGAAGCUAUUGAAGAGGAAGACGAUGGACAGGCGGCUGAAGUUCCAGACGUCGACGAAGAUGAAAUUGAUCUCAAGAAGGACAAGUAUAUCAAGCAGCCCAAGAAGAAACCCGCCAAGAAGUCUGCCACCAAAGCUGCCGCAGAUAAUGACGGGGACGACCCGCCCAAAAGCAAGGGCAAAACCAAAGGAAAGACGAAGAAGUAG